UUGAGAGAAGAAGUUUCCGUUGGCGCACAGACCCGAGCAGACGCUGCCAGUCCUGUUUCUACAGUAGGUCGGGCAGCUUCCUCGAGAGAAGAGUCCUCUCGCUUAUUUCCCUCAGCAGGCUCCCCGGAAGAGAGCGACCCGCUAAGGGAAGCCGAAGGUGGAGAUGCCCAGACAAUUUCCAAAGCUAAACAUUUCUGAAGUUGAUGAGUCGGUGCGACUUCUAGCUGAGAAGGUUUUUGCCAAAGUUCUUCGAGAAGAAGACAGCAAAGAUGCCUUAUCACUAUUCAGUGUGCCUGAAGAUUGUCCUAUUGGGCAACAAGAGGCGAAAGCAAGGGAACUUCAGAAAGAGCUGGCAGAACAGCAGUCUUUGGAGACAGCUAAAAGAAAGAAAAGUUUCAAGAUGAUUCGAUCCCAGUCCUUGUCGUUACAAAUUCCAUCACAGGAAUGGAAGCCUCCAUCAGCCACAUCAGUUAUCUCUCCUCCUAGUCCAGUUCUUCCAGGUGCUUUUCAGUCCACCCAAGGAACAUAUGAUUUACCAGAAUUUCAGAGAGUUACAAUUAGUGGCGAUUAUUGUGCUGGGGUUACAGUUGAUGAUUAUGAACAGGCUGCUAAAAGCUUGGCAAAAGCUCUGCUAAUUCGAGAAAAAUAUUGUCGCCUUGCUUACCACCGUUUUCCAAGGACAACUGCACAAUAUUUGUGCAGCAUGCAGAAUACAAAAUGGAAAUUUGGAGAUGAGGUGCUUCCAGAUUUCCAUCCACCUCCAAAAGAAAUGCAAGAUCCUUACAGUCUUGAAGAUGCUCCAGGGAACUUGGAUUAUGUGCUAAAGAUGAAGGGUGGCAUCAUUUUUGUUUUUGAUAACAAGGAAAUGAAGGAACUUGAUGAACCUCGGAGUCUGCCUUAUCCUGAUCUACAGACCUACACCCUUGACCUCAGUCAUGUGCUGGCUCUUAUUGCAGAUGGCCCAACGAAAACCUACUGUCACCGAAGGCUUAACUUUUUAGAAUCGAAGUUUGGUUUACAUGAGAUGUUAAAUGAAAUGUCUGAGCUUAAAGAACUGAAGAGCAAUCCACACCGUGAUUUUUACAAUGUGAGAAAGGUUGAUACUCAUAUUCAUGCAGCUGCCUGCAUGAGCCAAAAACAUUUGCUGAGGUUUAUUAAACAUACUUACCAGACUGAGCCAAGUAGGAUUGUGGGGGAGAAGAAUGGCAAAAAGAUGACUCUGAAGCAUGUGUUUGAAAGUCUCCAUAUGGAUCCUUAUGACCUCACUGUAGAUUCUUUAGAUGUCCAUGCAGAUCGCCAAACAUUUCAUCGAUUUGAUAAAUUUAAUUCUAAAUAUAAUCCAGUUGGUGCAAGCGAGCUGAGGGACUUGUACUUGAAAACUGAGAACUAUCUUGGUGGUGAAUACUUUGCUCGUAUGGUGAAGGAAGUUGCUCGGGAACUAGAAGAAAGUAAACACCAGUACACAGAACCUCGGCUGUCUGUCUAUGGACGUUCUCCAGAUGAAUGGCAGAACUUGGCUAAGUGGUUCAUUAGGCACAAAGUUUAUUCACCUCAUAUGCGCUGGAUAAUUCAGGUCCCUAGAAUCUAUGAUAUAUUUAGGUCAAAAAAUAUUCUCCCUAGUUUUGGGAAGAUGUUGGAAAAUAUAUUCUUGCCACUCUUUGAAGCAACUAUCAAUCCCUUGGAUCAUAAAGAGCUGCAUCUUUUCCUUAAAUAUGUGACGGGUUUUGAUAGUGUGGAUGAUGAAUCCAAACAUAGCGACCACAUGUUCUCUGAAAAGAGCCCCAAUCCUGAGGUUUGGACUAGUGAAAAAAAUCCUCCAUACAGUUAUUACUUGUAUUACAUGUAUGCAAACAUCAUGGUUCUCAACAAUCUUAGAAAGGAACGAGGUAUGAGCACAUUUCUGUUUCGGCCUCAUUGUGGAGAAGCUGGGUCUAUCACUCAUUUGGUAUCAGCCUUUCUAACUGCAGACAACAUUUCCCAUGGAUUACUCUUGAAGAAGAGUCCAGUUCUCCAGUAUCUUUAUUAUCUUGCACAAAUCCCCAUUGCCAUGUCUCCUCUUAGCAACAACAGCCUGUUCCUGGAGUAUUCAAAAAAUCCAUUACGGGAGUUUCUACACAAGGGUCUCUGUGUUUCUCUGUCUACAGAUGACCCUAUGCAAUUCCACUACACAAAGGAGGCCCUUAUGGAAGAAUAUGCCAUAGCAGCUCAAGUGUGGAAGCUGAGCACUUGCGACCUGUGUGAGAUAGCAAGGAACAGUGUACUACAAAGUGGUUUGUCAGAUAAGGAAAAACAGAAAUUUUUAGGUGUAAAUUAUUGCCAUGAAGGGCCUGAAGGAAAUGACAUUCGAAAAACAAAUGUUGCACAGAUUCGGAUGGCUUUCAGGUAUGAGACCUUGUGCAACGAGCUGAGUUUCUUAUCAGAUGCAGUGAAGACAGAAGAGAUUACUGUACUCUCAAAUUAGUCAUAGCUCCAAAAUCAUGACUAUAUUGCACAACUGCCAGGAGAGAAGUAUGAGAACAUAAGAGAGAAUUUGAGCAUCAACUAGAAAGAGAGCUAUUUGGUUACCAGAACCCUCAAGUUGCAUCAGUUUGUGCAUCUGUGCAGCAGAUCUAGUUUCUUCUAGCACUCACAUAGGUUGGACUGCUCUGUAUAGUCUGAUUUAGGCUCACAAAUCUAUUCUUUAUGCUGCACAUGAGAUGUAAAAGUGCACUCUGAAUCUAAUAUUUCAAGUGUUUGCAUCUGGGAUCUAUCACAUUCUGCCUGGAAACAAAAAACAACAACAUGGAGACAGCGCCUUCUGGUAGCACUCAUGCCAAGUCUUAGUGGCAAACAAAUGUCUGUGGCACUUUAAUCCCUGAUUAGAUUGUAGAGCAAACAAUGUACACAGCAAAAAUUGUUGUAAUUCUUUUUAGGGAAAUAAAAGAGUAUGACCAAAGAACUACUACAAGUACAUUGUAGAAAAAUCUAUUCAGCACAUUUAUCUAUAUUUUUAUCUCUCUCCUGCAAAUUUUGUAGUUUUAUUAAAUAUCUUAAGAUGGUCUUUCGAUGGUCCAGCAAAUUCUGAAUGUAUAUUUGUGCUGAAUUAGUCUCUUUUGUGGUGAUGUUGGGGCGCUUUAUCCUAAUUGUUUAACUAAUACUGUAACAAGACUCAAGGACUGUAUUUUGAGGUGAUUUUGAAUACCUGUAAGUAGCAGUGAAAAUGAAGGUACCGUCUCACAUUUCUCCUAUUUGGUGGCAAGUAUUCAUGGGUCAGUUCGAUUGAGAAGAGUGAUUACUGGGGACCUGAGAUAUUACAAGAGUUUGCUUAAAAUAUACAAGAUGAGCUAAGAAUGAGAUCAAGCAGGGGAAAUUUUGGGUUUAUGUUUUUUAUGUUAUCUAUUUUAUGUGUUUUAUUAAUGUUGAAAUAAACGAUGAAAGGCAACAUUAGUACCCAAAAGCACACAGACCAGUUCAAAAACCAGUUCAAAAAUUAGACUGUUCCUGUUUAUGCACAGAUUCAAAAAUACCCAUCUUCUCUUUCAGAUCAGAAUCUAAGCUUCUGUUAGCUUCCCUCAGGCAGGCUGGUGUGAUGGUCCUAACUGGCCUUGCUUAUCUGUUAAUCAAUAUUCAUUGUUAACGGCCAAUCCAUGCCAAAGCAGUACUUGGAAUAGUAAGAUUGUAUGGCUUUUCAUAUAUUUUGAAUGUAGUUGACCUUUGUUGACCUAAAGUACAAUUUACAUAAAAAUUGUUUAUAUACAUAUUUGUAAUUAUCAGGAAGUACAGGUUUUUUUCUGGAGUGGAUACAUUUUGGAAUACUGUGUGACAGACCAUUUUAUUCCCAAAACAAAUGAGUAGGUAAAGUGUGUUAACUAGUUUUCCUACAUGAACUCCCACCCCACCCCCUGGUCAUUUCUUUAUGGUAUAAACACACUGUUCACACAGAGUACUUUCAAAAUGAACCACGCUAACUGCAUUUUGUGCACAAAAUUAAGUGAUGUGUUCUAAAGCUAGUGGUGGCACUUUGGCACCUUGAAUUCACAUUCCUUAACAAACUUUGUAAUAGGGCACUUGUUAUCAGCAUGUGGUCAAACAAAUUUAUUCAUACAAAAGAAGUCCUAUUAUCUUGUGUGCAUCACCACUCUUCUUGCCUUGGGACAAAAUGAAUGCUGCAUGACUAUAUUCUGUCCCACUGAAAGAUAAAAGGAGAUUUGUAUAUUCACCCACCACUAACUGGACCUUCUUUGCUGUAGAAUGUUCUGCUUGAGUCCCAGUGCCUACGUAGUUCAGUGCAACACAGUAUAGGAUCCAAGCAGAGCACUCUACAACAAAGAAGGUCCAGUUAGUGGUUGGUGAAUAUACAUAUUUCCUUUUAUCUUUCAGUGGGACCAAGUGCAACUCUUCUUCUUUUUUAAAGAGUUUGAGUGCAGGCAUGGGACAGGCUCAGGGAUACCUUGUACUUUUGGUUAGAGGACAAUGUUUUCAAGUUAUGCUUUUUUGAAAUCUAUGUUUUUCUGUCUUGCAUUGAUUUAGCAGCAAUGACAAAUUUUAUCAUUCAAUUUUCCUUCUAGAAGUUUCUGUUUAGUUUUUUUGUUUUCAUUUUGCAGCUAACAAACUCUUAGGAAAGGUGAUUUCUUCUAGCUCUGCAAAUCUAGUUAUUUAUUUUUUAUUAACUUCAGUAAAAUAUUUAUAUCUUGCUUUUCCUUGGGCCACAAGGCACCUUAAAAGUAAUAAUCACUUCGGUUUUAGACCAGUAAAAUAAACCCCACUUAUCUUCCCAGAAGUCUGCAGUUUAUACCCCAUUGCCAAGACCCUGCAGUGCCUCCUCAAGAUUUUUAAUAAUGGUGCUUCCCUUACCGCCUCAAGGAGCCUGAGUGAGACUUGCAAUUGUUGCAGCCACUUUUGGUUACAACAAAAAUCCCCAAAGUCCAAAAUAAAGGAAAAUGAUUUUUCAGUUGCAUCCCUGAAUAAAAGAAUAUUUUUGCUAGAUUUUGGAGAUUGGAAGCAAUUUACAGAAGUGAGAUUCAGUAUUUAUACAAGUUCACGAGUUGUAAGAGGUGAAUCAUUGCUACCUCAUUGCAAAAGGUGCAUCACUGCUAUCUCAUUGAUGAUAUCAUUUUGUCAACAAACCCAUAAACUGUACACUCUGUAUUAUUAUUAUUCUGUUAUCAAAAGAUUCCUUUGUCAGAGAUAUGGCCUAAGAGCAAAAGAACAUCUGUCAUUCAGUUUCUAGAAACGUUCUACCAACCCUGGCAUAUUUUGAAUUGCAUCCUCCCAUUCAUGCAAUCCACAUUUCAAACAUAAGAAGGCAGUUUAUAUUUUUUUUCUGUACAACUAUUAAAUCAUCCCACACAGGCAGUGAUAUCCUUUUGUUAAAAAAAUAUGAAGAACCCUGCUGGGCCAAACCAGUAGUUCACCUAGUCCCAGUGGCCAACCAGGUCCUCUGGAGGUCCAAAACCAGGACAUAGACGUUUUACUUAGAGGUUUAUUAUCUCUGAAUGUGAAGGUUCCCUUUAGUCACAAUUGCUAGAAGCCAUGAUAGACCUAUCUUCAAUGAAUCUGUCUAAUUCUCUUCUAAAGCCAUUCUUGUGGUCAUCACUACAUCCUCUGAGAACAAAUUUCAAAUUUUAAUCACUUGUAGUGAUUAAAAGUUCCUUUUUAAAAUCUGGAAUCUACUGCUCAUCAAUGUUGUCCCACCUAUCUAGUAUUGUGGGAGAGGGAGAAAAAGUUCUUUUUGCACUCUCUCUACCCUGUGCAUAAUUUUAUAAGCCUCUAUCAUGUGCCCCAUCAGUUGUCUCCUUUAUAAACUGAAAAGUUCCCAACUCUUCAGCCUUUUCUUCAUAAGAAGGGUGCUCUAGCCCAAUCACUCUUCUUCUGAGCCUUUUCCAGUUCUGUGAUGUCCUUUUUGAGAUACGAUGACCAGAACUGCACACGGUGUUCCAAAUGAAAUUGCACCAUAGAUCUAUUGGGGUGAAAUAAUAAUAUUGGGUGUUUUAUUCUCCAUACUGAUAAACCCCAGCAUAGAGGUUAUCUUUUUCACUGAUGCAGCACAUUAGGUCGAUGUUCUUAAUUGAGCUAUCCAUUAUGACCUAAAGUUUUUCCCCCUCUCAGUUCAGACCCUAUGAGCAUAUACUUGAAAUUGGUUUUGUUGUUGCUCAAAUGUGCAUCACCCUUACACUGAACUAUACUGAACUUCAUUUGCCACAAUGUUGCCGACAAACCCCAUUUGUGAGAUCUUCCUGGAGUUCUUUACCAUUGGCCUGUUUUCACCAUCCCAAUUUUUUGUGUGUAACCUCAAGCUUAGUCACUGAACUGCUAACCCUCUCUCCCAUUCUAAAUCUUUUAUGAACAAAUUAAAUAGCAUCAGCCCCAGUACUGAUUCUUGUGGGACCUCAGUACCUACUUCUCUCUAUUGUGGGAAUGGAAAAAGCACAGGUUCUGGUUGAUGCCAGUUAAAACAUUAAACACUACUGCAAAGAUCCAUAAUUAUUAGGAUUUUUUUAAUUAUUUGUUUUUAUUGUUUGAAAUGGAUUUGCUUUAAGAUGUUAGAAAUACUAUACUAGGGAAUUAGCAUAUACAGAGAAAUCCCUCUCAACAUUUUGGUUCUCUGUCAUAUAGUAGAUAUAAACAUGUUCAGAAUGUGUGCACUUUAUACUGGCUACAUGGUUUUUAACUGGAAAUUACAUUGUCACUGUUUUGUUAGAAAAUAUAAACAUUUGCUUUCUCAUGCUAUUUUGACUAAAGUUCUCAGAAUUAACUGUAUUCUGUAUUCAUGACCCAAUAGAAAGGGCCUUUUCAGACAUUUUGGAUUUAAAAGGUUUUUUCCCUUCUGUAAGCUUGUCAGAAUCAGUCCCUCUGUUGCAGCCCAUUAGUGUACACCCAACUUAUUAGGCAAAUAAACCUGUCACUGUAGCUCAAUUACUAUAGUGAAAGCACCUUAUUUAUCUGUAAUGCUUGUUCAAUUUAAGCGACAUUUUUAUUUUGAACAUGUGUUAAAGUAUACUGACACCAAUAAUUCUCAGCAGCUCCAUAGUGUUGUUGUAGACUAGUGGUGAGUAUACUGUAUCAGAAACAUUCAUAUUUUCUGCUUGAGUACUUUUUAUGUGAUCAUUUAGAAGAAACACGCCUUUUAGUGGCAAAAUAUUUUAAACAUUUCAAAAGCAUUAAUUAAUUUGCUUUCUGUGAUUUGGUGAAACUUGAACUCAAUGUUGAAAGUAGUGCCUCUUAUCGCCAUUCCACUAUGAUAUUAAAGAAUUAUUUCUGUAAUGUUAGAGACAGUAACAAUAGCUGCUUCAGAGGCAUAGAAUGGUAUCUCUAUGGACAACCGUUUAAAAAACUAGCUUUAGUGGGGGUGGGGGUGGGGGAGAUAAUAAGACCUUUUAUCUAGCUGGAUUAUUUUGAGGCUAUAGUCUAAUUGCUAUCAUUUAAUGAAAAUGUUUUAUAUUUAUGAUGUUUUAAUAUUUCCAACCUUUGAAGAAAAGAGGCAAAAACAUACACAUUGACUAUCUUAAACUCAUUGGGCUAAUUUUUCUUUUUCCUGAUUUAAAAUGUAUUUCAAAAGCAAAUAUGAAACUUAUCUCCUUAUUGAAGGAAAGUUUUUGACUUGAAUAUGUAUGUAUUUUUCUGACAAAAUAUUUGAAAGUAUAUAGCAUGUAAAAUCAAUAAUAAACAAUGAGGAAUGUUACGUAAAGCAGUUAAAAUA